AUGUUCCGGCAGAUGGCGGAGGGAACGGGCUGGGCACAUCAGCGGGUCAUCGGUGCGAGGUGUCCAGAACCAGAACCUGGCUGGGAAUAUGUGCUGCGAAUCGGGGUGCGAUGGGACGCAGCACGCAGCACGCAGCACGCAGCACGCCGGAUACGUCUAGGGGGACCUGCACAGUGUGUACAGGCUGGAUGUACUCCGUACUGUAGGACGCGGUAUGCCAUGAGCCCAGCCUCCUGUAACGACAUCACGGACACUGUCUCCCUCCCACCACCUCCCAUCUCCAUCUCCACAGCCCCCGCCUCGCCAGCUGCUGCUCCCGGGCGCCAUCGCGAUCAUGACCUCAGCCCGGCUCCAAAAUCCGGAUCUGACGCGGUCGAGUUCGAUGCGUCGGAUGCGCAGGAGCAUGCCGCGGUGGAUGUGGCUGCAGACGCCCCCAACUCCGCAGACCUGACAGACAGUUGA